AUGAAGUCACUGGCCAUCCUUGAAUCAAAUCCCAACCAAAAUAAUAAUGUCACGGUGGUUUUGGAAGUUUUAGAUUUACAUACUGCUAAGGAUAUAACGGAUGUUAUUAAUAUACUAGAUGAAUUAUUCCCCAAACUCAAAUCUAAAGAUUUCGAUCAUCAAGAACUUACUCUUAUAUAUGAUUCUAAUGAUUAUGACGAUAUGAGUAUAUUAAAUGCCAUAUCAGAAAUUGGAUUCCCCGUGAAAAUCUUGUCUAGUACAGCACCACAAUGUAAAACAACGGUUAAUAUUCAAGGCAUGACAUGUGGUGCAUGUUCAGCUUCUAUAACUGAAGCAUUAGAGAAAACUCCUGGGGUUUAUAAGGCAUCAAUUUCAUUGGUUACCGAAAAUGGAUUAAUUAUGCAUUCACCUAAAUUAUCCCCUGAAAAUAUUAUAACUAUUAUUGAAGAUUGUGGAUUUGAUGCACAAAUUGAAAGUUCAAAAACUAAACAAUCACUGGCACCAGAAUCUCUGCAAGAUCAACUGAAAAGAUUAAAUACUACUAUUGGAAUAAUUGGAAUGACUUGUGGUGCUUGUUCGGCUUCAAUAACUAAUGUUUUAGAAAAAUUACCUGGAGUGGAAAAUGUAUCAGUUUCAUUGAUCACUGAAGAAGCUUCGAUUGUUCAUGAUUCUACGAUCACUACGGUUCAACAAUUAAAAGAGGCGAUUGAAGAUUGUGGAUUUACGCCAACAUUCAAUAAAUCAAUAAAUUUAAAUCAAUACCAAAAUACCAAUGAUUCUAAUGAAGAAGUUACUCUAAAAAUUGUUGGAGUUAAUCAUACUACUGAUUUAAUUGGUUUACGUUAUAAUAUUGAAGCUUAUUUAAGAAGUAUAUCAGGGGUUCAAAAAUUCGAACUAACAUUACGUGGUAUGAAUGCUAGUUCUAAUAUAAUGCCGACCCAAGUUGGUACAUUAAUAACUGAAGAAGAUACUAUUGCUGAUGUUAAAAGUCUUGUUAACGAAUUAGUUUUCCAAUAUGAUUCCGAUAGUGUUGGGAUAAGAGAUAUUAUCGAUGGAUUAAAUACUAUCAGUGAUAAUAUCGAAUUUAUGGUGAUAAAUUCAUUGGAUCAAUCAUCAGCUACUCAAUUGAAAUUAUUAUCAAAAGUCAAAGAUAUCAAUUAUUGGAAGAAAAUUUUCAUUCAAAGUCUUUUAUUUGGGAUCCCAGUAUUAUUUUUAAAUCAUACUAAGAAUUGGCCCAUUUGGAAAACUACCAUGAUUUUCCCAGGAUUAUAUUUGGUUUCAUUAUUGGAAUUGAUUCUAAGUACAUAUAUUCAAUUUUAUUUGGGUUCAGUAUUUAUAAAGAAAUUCUCAUCAUUUUUACGUAAAAAAUUUAAAGGGGCUACAAUGGAUGUAUUGGUUUGUAUAUCAACCAUGUGUUCAUAUAUUUUUUCAUUAACAACUAUUAUAGUUAGUGUUUGGAAUGGACAAAAAAAUGGUCCUCCACCAGUAUUAUUUGAUACUUUGGUGAUGUUGAUUUCAUUUGUGUCCUUUGGGAAAUUAUUAGAAAAUAAAGCUAAAGGUGCCACCUCAACUGCAUUAUCGAGUUUAUUGUCGUUAACCCCAUCUACUUGUACUAUUAUUAAUGAUAUUCCUGGAUAUCAGAAAUUUAUUGAAGAUCAACAAUCUUUGGAAAAAUCAGAAAAGAGUAAUCUGUUAUCCAUGCAAGAAUUCCCCACUAGAGUCAUAAGUAUUGAUUUAGUUCAACCUAAUGAUAUUGCCAUUGUUUUACCAGGAGGUAAAGUUCCAGCUGAUGGUGAAAUUGUUUUCGGUGAAACCGAAAUUGAUGAAUCUUUAAUAACAGGUGAACCAUUACCAGUUUAUAAAAAAUUGAAAGAUAAAGUUAUAGGUGGAUCUAUUAAUGGACCUCAUUUAAUUCAUAUUAAAGUGACACAUACUGGGAAAAAAUCUCAAUUACAACAAAUCAUCAAUUUAGUUAAAGAAUCUCAAGUUAAUAAAGCUCCAGUACAAAAAUUCUCUGAUUAUAUUGCUGCUAGAUUUGUCCCCUUUGUAUUGUUAUUGGCAAUAUUUACAUUUAUACUUUGGAUGAUAAUUUGUUUCACUAUCCAUCAAGAUAAAUUACCAAAAAUUUUCCAAAAUGAAACUAAUGGGAAAUUUUUCGUUUGUUUAAAAUUAUCAAUUUCAGUUAUUGUUGUUGCUUGUCCUUGUGCUUUAGGAUUAGCAGCACCAACUGCAGUUAUGGUAGGGACAGGUGUUGGAGCAAUUAAUGGAGUAUUAAUUAAAGGGGCUAAAGUUUUAGAAAAAAUCACUGGAGUUAAUAUAAUACUUUUUGAUAAAACCGGGACUUUAACCACUGGUGAAAUGUCAUUAGUUAAUUUCCAACCAAUUAUGUCAAAAUCAAGUAUAACUAUUUCUGAUUGGUGGAAAUUAGUGGGGUCAGUAGAAUGUCAUUCGGAACACCCUAUUGGUAGAGCUUUAACUAAACUGGCUAAAACAAACUUGAAUUUAAAUUUUGAUGAUGAUCAUUUUGACACCACAGUAAAUGAUAUUAAUGUAUUGAUAGGAUUAGGAAUUCAAGCAAAUGUAACAUUAGCUAAUAACCCACAAACUCAAUUUAAUGUUUAUGUUGGUAAUGAUAAAUUAAUUGAAUCAAAAUUCCCAAAUUUAUUAAACAAUAUUGAUGAAAAAUUAUUACAUUCGGCCAAUACUGUAUCACAUGUCAUUAUUGACGGAGAAUAUAGUGGAUACAUUGAAUUAACUGAUGCAUUAAAAUCUGGUUCUUGGGAAGUGGUCAAUUAUUUGAAAACUCAAGGCUAUAUUGUUGGUAUGGUCACGGGUGAUAAUCGUGGUGCCGCUUUAAAAAUUGCUCAAGAAGUAGGAAUCCCCUUUGAUAACGUUUUUUAUGAAGUUUCCCCCAUACAUAAAGAUAAUGUCAUUACUGAUUUACAUAAUCGUCUUGGAGGCAACCAAAGUAGUAGUGUUAAUGUUGCAUUUAUUGGUGACGGUAUAAAUGAUGCCCCAGCAUUAGCUAAAGCUGAUAUUGGAAUGGCUAUUAGUUCUGGUACCGAUAUUGCUAUUGAAAGUGCUGAUAUUGUAUUGAUUGGUGGACGUAGUAAUCAAACUGAUUUACAUGGAGUUGUUAAUGCCUUACAAAUCUCAACCGCUACUUUCAAUAGAAUUAAAAUCAAUUUCUUAUGGGCAAUAAUUUAUAAUAUUUUCAUGUUACCAUUUGCCAUGGGUUGCUUUUUACCAUUGAAUAUUGUUUUACCACCAGUUGCAGCUGGUGCUGCCAUGAUGUUUAGUUCUCUUAGUGUUGUGUUCAGUUCAUUAUUAUUGAAAAGAUGGACCCCACCAAAAAUUGAAACUAAGAAAACUUUUAUUGAUGAUUUAGAAAUGGGAAACAAUGCCACCGGUGGUGAUGGUGAUGGAUUUAGUUUGAAAAAUGGUACAAUAGAAGAAUUUAAUAAUGUGAAAAGAAAAAGCGCCGUUAAUUUUAGUUCAUUAUUUGCCAAGAUGACUACAACAAGAAGAAAUAGAAGAGGAGGGGGAGGAGGAGGAGGAAGACUGAAUGGAAACAAUAAUCAAUCUUAUGAAUUAGUAUCCAAUAGGUUUUCAUGA